UGACUGGUUUGCUUAUAAUAGAAGAAAGAAGAAGAAGCAUAGCGUAUACAAAAAAAUAAACAAACUACAAAAUUUGUAAACAUUUCAUUGAAACAAGCAAAUCUGCAUUGAUUAUUUAUCAAAAUGAUCGGUACCUUGUUUGAAAAUGGUUUGAGAUUGGACAAAUACAACAGUGAAGAUCUCUUCAGUGUGCUGCUACGCUACGGAUUAUUUCUAGGCGCAAUAUUUCAACUCAUCUGUAUUGCUUCAUCGAUUUUACUACCGGCCGCUAAUGAAGGCUCCAAUUGCGAAGACGGAAAUGAGGAUUAUAAGUUUAACGGUGAAAUGGGAAAUAUGCGACGAUUGCACAAACUACGCAAACAGGAUAAAAAGAAGCGACGUUAAUACUAACAUAGUGCACACAAAUUUUCAACGUAUUACAUUAACUUAGUAAUUUAGUGAAUCCAAUUAAGAUGUAUUUGCCGAUAGAGUGGCAUGCAAUAUUUACGACUUUCAUUUUAUAUUUUAAAUAGCGCAACAGCUUUAGCUCAAUAAACUAUAUACGCUGUGACACA